AUGCCACGUGUGAAGAAAUGCCUCAUAUACAUCGGUGUGGCAGCUUUUCUUCACCAGUUUCCUCGUUUCUUCGAGAAGGAGUACGUUCCCCACUUCACUGUAUGGAGGGGGCAUAGAGAGGAAGUUUGCAGAGGAAAACUGGCGCCUUGGCUGUACAAAAUAUCUGUAGAUGGCUACUUCACGGCGUAUUUCACCUUUCGAGUACUCUUCGUCCAUUUGAUUCCCUGUACGUCCCUCGUCGUCCUUAAUGUGCUUCUAUUCAGAGCUAUGAGAACAGCUCAAGUCAAUAGACAGAAAUUAUUCAAAGAAAGUCGGAAAAACGAAUGCAAAAGACUUAGCGACUCCAACUGUACCACACUUAUGCUUAUCGUGGUUGUAACUGUAUUUCUUCUGGUUGAAAUUCCUGUAGCUGUGGUCACAAUCCUUCACAUUAUAUCUAGCACCCUAGUCGAAAUUCUCGACUACGACAUAGCAAAUAAAUUAAUAUUGGUAACGAAUUUCUGUAUUAUUCUUUCUUAUCCGAUAAAUUUCGCCAUUUAUUGCGGUAUGUCUCGACAAUUUAGAGAGACAUUUAAGGAAUUGUUCAUAAGAGGCGCUGUUACAAGCCGAAAUGGCGGUUCGAGUCGGUAUUCUCUUGUCAAUGGUCCUAGAACGUGUACAAACGAAACAGUACUCUAA